AUGUUCAAAAACAACUGGUUGCCACAAGUGUGCUUGUUGUACGUGGCGCUCGCCCUCUUGGUGCCUUUCCUCGGCUCCAAGAGCCCUAUGGCGCUCGCUGCUGCCGAUGACGACAACACCACCGAGAGUUACGGUACUGUCAUCGGUAUCGAUUUGGGUACCACCUACUCGUGUGUGGGUGUGAUGAAGAACGGUAAGGUUGAAAUCUUGGCCAACGACCAAGGUAACAGAAUCACCCCAUCCUACGUUGCUUUCACCGAAGACGAAAGAUUGAUCGGUGACGCCGCCAAGAACCAAGCUCCUUCCAACGUCGAGAACACCGUGUUCGACAUCAAGAGAUUGAUCGGUUUGAAGUACAACGACGACACUGUCCAAAAGGAACUCAAGCACUUGCCAUACAACAUUGCCAAGAAGGACAACAAGCCUGUUGUCAAGGUUGAGUUCAAUGGUGAGGAAAAGACUUUCAGCCCUGAAGAAAUCUCAGGUAUGAUCUUGGGUAAGAUGAAGUCCAUUGCCGAGGAAUACUUGGGCAAGAAGGUUACCCAUGCUGUUGUCACUGUUCCAGCUUACUUCAACGAUGCUCAAAGACAAGCAACCAAAGAUGCUGGUACUAUCGCCGGUUUGAAUGUUUUAAGAAUUGUUAACGAGCCAACUGCUGCUGCUAUUGCUUACGGUUUGGACAAGACCGAUGGUGAAAAGCAAAUCAUUGUUUACGACUUGGGUGGUGGUACCUUCGAUGUUUCCUUGUUGUCCAUCGAAGGUGGUGUUUUUGAAGUCUUGGCUACUGCUGGUGACACUCACUUGGGUGGUGAAGAUUUCGAUUUCAAGGUUGUUAGACACUUGUCCAAGGUUUUCAAGAAGAAGCACGGUGUCGACAUUUCCUCCAACCCUAAGGCUAUCUCCAAGUUGAAGAGAGAAGCCGAAAAGGCCAAGAGAACUCUUUCUUCUCAAAUGAGUGUCAGAGUUGAAAUUGACUCCUUCGUUGACGGUAUUGACUUCUCUGAAACUCUUUCCAGAGCUAAGUUCGAAGAAUUGAACAUUGCUUCUUUCAAGAAGACCUUGAAGCCAGUCGAGCAAGUUCUUGCUGAUGCUGGUGUCAAGAAGUCCGAAAUUGACGAUAUUGUCUUGGUCGGUGGUUCUACCAGAAUUCCAAAGGUUCAAGAAUUAUUGGAAAACUUCUUCGAUGGUAAGAAGGCUUCUAAGGGUAUUAACCCUGACGAAGCUGUUGCUUACGGUGCCGCUGUUCAAGCUGGUGUUCUUUCUGGUGAAGAAGGUGUCGAUGACAUCGUCUUAUUGGAUGUUAACCCAUUGACCUUAGGUAUUGAAACCACCGGUGGUGUUAUGACCACCUUGAUCAACAGAAACACCGCUAUUCCAACCAAGAAGUCUCAAAUCUUCUCCACCGCUGCUGACAACCAACCAACUGUGUUGAUUCAAGUUUACGAAGGUGAAAGAGCUUUAGCUAAGGACAACAACAAAUUGGGUAAGUUCGAAUUGACCGGUAUCCCACCUGCUCCAAGAGGUGUUCCUCAAAUUAAGGUCACCUUCUCCUUAGAUGCCAAUGGUAUCUUGAAGGUUGAAGCCAUGGACGAAGGAACUGGUAAGUCUGAAUCCAUCACCAUCACCAACGACAAGGGUAGAUUAUCCAAGGAAGACAUCGACAGAAUGGUUGAAGAAGCUGAAAAGUACGCUCAACAAGAUGCCGAAUUGAAGACUAAGAUUGAAUCCCGUAACUCCUUGGAGAACUACGCUCACUUGUUGAAGGGUCAAUUGGCUGACACUUCCGAAACUGGAUUGGGAGGCAAGUUGGAUGAUGAUGACAAGGAAACUUUGGAUGAUGCCAUUAAGGAAACCUUGGAAUUCAUUGAAGACAACUACGACACUGCCACCGGUGAAGAAUUCGAUGAACAAAAGACCAAGUUGGUCAACAUCGCCAACCCAAUCACCGCCAAGUUGUACGGUGAAGGUUCCGGCGCUGGUGCUUCUGGUGAUGCUAAGUUCGGUGACGACGAUUCUGACGAUGACUUCGAAAACGAUGAAUUGUAA